GGGGUUCGCUCGAGCCGGCCCAUCGACCACGGACCCCUGUCACGAAAGUAACACGCCGUCACCUGAUCCACUUGGGCCCAUCUCAGGUACGUGCCGCGGUCACCUGAUUCAACUCAAUUCAUCACCCAAAGUACGAUCCACCCCGGGCAAUUUCGGCCAAUGAGGCGUCUCAAUCCGCAAGGAGCGGAACAUCCACCCGCCCGAAUUUCGAAGCUCCGAAACUCUGCCCAUUGCCAAAAAAUCAUCCCCAGCUACGCAAGCUCACGAGUUCGACGACGCCGACGACGAAGAUACCGCGUACACCGACGCCCGUCCGUCCGACCCGAUGCCUCGCGUCUGAUUCGAUUUCCCUCUAAAAGAAUCCCCCCGAAUACUUCCCGGACACGACAAGGGCACAGAAGCAGAAAAAACAAACAAACGAUGCGCUUCACCACCCCGAGGCCGGGGUCCUCCCUCCUCGCCUCCCUCCAAAACCUCACCCUCACGACCGCAGCCCCCUCCGCCCGCGCCUUCUCGACCUCCUCCCCCCUCGCGACGAAGACCAUCUCCCUCCAGAAGAUCCCCGCCUCUCCCGUGCCCCCGUACCCCUACGGCCCCCGCCUCCUCUACAAACAGUCCAACCACGGCCUCUACGGCGCCGCCCGCAUCCGCCACGGCCACAACGUCUCGGAGAAGCACGGCCAGAUCACCCCGCGCACCUGGCGCCCCAACGUCCACCGCAAGCGCCUCUGGUCCGAGGCCCUCGGCGCCUGGGUCCGCACCCGCCUCACGACCCGCGUCCUCCGCACCGUCCGCCGCGAGGGCGGCAUCGACGCCUACGUCACGAAGACCAAGCCCGCCCGCGUCCGCGAGCUCGGCCCCGGCGGCUGGAAGCUCCGCUGGCUCGUCGCCAACUCGCCCGCCUUCCGCGCCCGCUACGCCGCCGAGCGCGAGGCCCUCGGCGUCCGCGCCCCCAUGCCCGAGGACCAGACCGACCUCGUCCACUACAUGAUCGACGCCGCCACCCCGGGCCCUCUCAGCGCCACCAGCAGGCAGACCCUCGAGCGGAGGGCCAGCCAGAUGAUCGCCGAGGAGUUCGCCCUCGGCGACGACGCAGAGCUGUUCGAGCCCGGCGCCCUGUACGAGGAUGACGACGUCCACGCCCAAGGGCUCAAGGAGCCGUCCGUCGAGGAAAAGAGGUCAUAGUGUUUUUUUGCAUGCGCGCGCGCGCGCUUAUGUGUGUGUAGGUGUGUGGAUUUCACGUUUUGCUGUCUUUUGUUUUAAAAGGCAACAUGGGAGAAGGAAAGAAAAACUAGCCAUUGUAUCAUAUGUACAAAUAUUUUCUCCCUCUCACGGUAUAGAAUACGCACAAAUUGGGGGGG